AUGGUUGAACUGGUGCUAGCAGCUCUCUGUCUCAUCGGGUACAUUUCUUCUUGCUGCAGCCGUGAUAUACUACUGGAGAUUUAUGCCGUCAUUCUGAUUAUUCUUCUUGUCACGCAAAUCAUCGCUGUUGCAACAGCCCAGAGUGUCAGUGUGCCGGGAUGCAGAGACAAAAUUGUCAAAUUUGCCGCAGACAAUAUGAUGACUUUUAUGUAUAUCUCUAUUGCCGCUAUUCUGCUGGAGGCAACAUUUUCGCUUGUACUGUCACCCAUACUGAUUGGAUGGAGGAGAUCGGCCCAUGGGAUCAGCGCCAUUCCUACUGGUUGGAUGGAGGGAUGUGUGCAGGUCCUUCUCCAUCCUUUGGUCAAAUUCGCUAACUUCCUGUUGUCAAAUUUGGUGGACCAAAAGACUGUCAUUGACCCCUCAUCAACCCAGGGCGGUGUCAUGUGUACGGAUGAUUAG